ACAGGCUUUAUGAAUCUCGAUGAUUCGCAUCAUUCGCAUUUGCCUGCGUCAGACAGAGUGAGAAGGCAAGUGACGAAAACAACACGCGUGACGCGACCACAAUCUCGUUUCGCGCAUGUCCCGUAAAUUAACGAGGGUACCUGAUGCCUGAGCUGAGCGGAGCGGAGGCGGUCUUGGGGAUAGAGAGGAUGUCCGGUAACCAACGAUGAUAGAAUAGAGGCGAUUGAUUGUCAAGAUAGAGCGAAAGAUCGCCAGGAUCUUUUUUUCAUCGGCAUUUCGCUAAAGGCAAAAGUUCGUGAGGCAAGUGCGACGUUUGGAAAAUUGGGUGCAAGUUCCGGCGAAAUGGAAGGCGAGGCGGAACAUAACAUUGAUAAACUCAUCGACGAUCUGAAACGCGUCAUGAAGCUCGAGGCGUCGCAAGAGGAGUGUCCCAAUCUCGUUCAGAUCCUGGAUUCUGUGGUAAACGUUAACAAUAUGUCGAUUGGAGAAACAACCGAGUUAGUCAUUGACGAAGUUUUUCUGACAUUGCUCAGGCACAAAUUCAAACAUGUUGUAGCGAAGGCUGCAAAGGCCAUUGCAGAGAUUGCGAAGACUGAUUGGGGCAGGGAGAAAUGUACCAAUUCUGAGUUGAUACGAAUGUUGAUUGAUUUGCUAAAGGACGAAGACAUAGAUGUAUUGACUCAGGCUGGUAGAGCUCUAGGAAACCUCUGCUACGAGAAUGAGGCUGGUAAAAAUUUGGUGAGGGAGCGGGACGGUUUGAAGGUAAUUCUAGCACUGCUGAAGAAAGGAACUGCUUUGAAAGACAUUGAAGGUGCCAGAUUUCUACGGAGUGUAGCCGCCGGUUUCCUAUUGAACUUUCUGGUGGACCAAAAAACAUUGUACAGAAAAGCGCUCGAGGAGGGCAUGUCAGUUAUUUGCGGCGUUCUGGAAGAGGACGGAAUUAACGGUGGCGAGGCGGCGAUGCACUUGUUACUCAUUCUUGGCAUAUUGAACGAUGAGAAUAUUAUGUUUCUCGACGAGAGAUUAACGCGAAUUCUGGUUGAUAUAUUGGCCAGUGACAUUUCCUCUGAGCUAUCUGAGAUGUGCUUGGAAGUGUUGCAAGGCCAAGCUGAAAACGAAGAAGCAAAGCUAUCGUUAGCUAAAGCAGGAGUGUGCGAAUUAAUCUUGAAACUAUUAGAGAAACAUGGUCCACAUUUUAACGAUGAGGAUAUGCGGUCGAUUUUUAAAGCUGCCUGUGACUUAAUCGUUUUGAUUUUAACUGGAGAUGAGAGCAUGGAUCUUCUUUACGACAAUGGCAAGGGUCCUGUAUACUUGAAACUGAUAGAAUGGCUAGAAAGCACUGAUGAAGAUUUAAAGAUCACCGCCAUCUUAGCGAUGGGUAAUGUCGCACGGACUGACACGCAUUGUAAGCGUAUGGUUGAGCAGGGCAUUCAUCGGAAGCUGUUAAAAAUUCUCAAAAGUAACGGCAACAAAGCUGGUGAUAUUAGAUGCCAGCACGCCACGCUUAGCGCGUUACGCAACCUCGUUAUACCCGCAGAGAACAAAUCGCUAGUCCUUGCCGAUGGUCUUAUCGAUGUACUUUAUCCAAUGCUGGAGAUUCCUACCUUUCCUGUCGUUUUCAAAUUGUUAGGAACACUGAGGAUAGUCAUAGACGGUCAAAGGGAAGCGGCAAUCUCCUUAGGACAAAAGGAGGACCUGAUUAAACGGACGGUUGAAUGGUGCAGUACCAAGGACCAUCCUGGUGUUCAGGGUGAGGCCAAUCGUUUAAUCGCCUGGCUAAUGGACAACAGCAGGGACAAGCAGAUUGCCUUAUCGAUUAUCAAGCAUGGUGCGGUGCAGCAUCUAGUGAAUAUGCUUCUAGCGGAACACCUGCUAAUGCAAAACGAAGCAGUUCUGAGUCUUAUCUCGUUGACCACGGUCUGUAUGGCGGAAUCUGAGGAGGUACUGAUCAAAUCGGACUUCGGUCGCUACAUAUGCAAGCUCUUGGCACGUAUCAACGAUGCUGAUGGUUGCAUCUCUGUCAUACUAAACACACUGACAUUAAUGGAACUUGUUAUGCGGUCAGAUCGACUGAAGGAGCAGCUCAAGAGUUCUGGAUUGGCCCAUGAAAUAUGCAAAAUUUUGCAAUUUCAUACAAAUGAAAGUACCGCCAAGGAGUUGCAGAGGCGAAUUACUGGUUUGCAAGAAAUGCUAGAGACCGCUUAGAAAUUAGGGAACGAUAACGACCAAGUUGGAAUUUGAUUGGAAAUUCACAAAAAAAAAAAAAAAAAAUACAAGAAAAGAACCUUAUGCGUUCAUGCGCGCUGCCAUUCCCAUAUUAUUGUAUCUUCUGUCAUUCCAAAGAACCAUACAGAGAAAGAAGACUUCUUCAGUGACCAAAUUGUUCCCAACUUUUGAUCCAUAUGUUGCAAGAUAAUUUAUUUAUCGAGAAAUAUAUAUUAUAUUGAUGUA